CAAACAGGCUGCAGGCAGCAGGGGGCUAAAAAGCAGGGAAAAGCCCACCACCUUCCUAGGAUCCACAACCCGAGCACCCCACCCGGUCCUUUCUUCCUCACUCUCUCCCUCCCAGUCCCCUCUCUCUCUAUCUCCUCUCUCCUCUUCUCGCACUUCGCAAGUAUUUUAGUCUUACUCUAUUCGAGUCCUACCAGUAGCAGGCGAGCGAGAGAGGUGGUGCUGGUGGUGGGGCGGAAGGAACCGUCGCUUGCUGCGAGGAGCCGCGCGAGAUCUAGGCGAACGCUGCCAUGGGUGCUCGCUGCUCCAAGCUCUCCGUCUGCUGGUGGCCUCCCCACUUCAAAUCGCCGAUGCUUGAGAAUGGCGCCGCCGAGGAUGACGGCAGCGGCGUUCCGGUGUUCGCCGAGUACAGCCUCGACGAGCUCCGGGCGGCGACUGACGGCUUCGCUCCCGACCGCAUCGUGUCGGAGCACGGCGAGAAGGCGCCCAACGUGGUCUACCGCGGCACGCUCUUCAGCUCCGGCCGCACCGUCGCCAUCAAGCGCUUCGGCCGCUCCGCCUGGCCGGACUCCCGCCAGUUCUUGGAGGAGGCGAGGGCUGUUGGGCAGCUGAGGAGUGGCCGGCUGGCCAACCUGAUCGGAUGCUGCUCCGAGAGCGGCGAGCGGCUGCUCGUCGCCGAGUUCAUGCCGCAUGAGACCUUGGCAAAGCAUCUUUUCCACUGGGAGACAAACCCAUUGAGUUGGGCAAUGAGGAUGAGGGCUGCGCUUUAUGUGGCACAGGCGUUGGACUACUGCAGUAGCAAAGGAAGAGCUCUGUAUCAUGACCUGCAUGCAUACAGGGUCGUCUUUGAUGUGGAUGGUAACCCUAGACUAUCAUGUUUUGGUAUGAUGAAGAACAGCAGGGAUGGAAAGAGUUACAGUACCAAUUUGGCCUUCACACCUCCGGAGUACCUUAAGACAGGCAGAGUAAGUCCAGAGAGUGUGGUCUACAGUUUUGGUACUAUCUUGCUUGAUCUCCUAAGUGGAAAGCACAUUCCACCAAGCCAUGCACUUGACCUUGUAAGAGGAAAGACUUUCUUGGUGCUGAUGGAUUCUUGCUUGGAAGGUCAUGUCUCCAACUCUGAUGGAACUGACUUGAUGCGAUUAGUAUCCCGUUGCUUGCAAUAUGAAGCACGUGACCGGCCAAACCUGAAAGCAGUAGUGUCUGGUCUUGCAAGUCUCCAGAAAGAUGCAUCUACUCCUUCGCGCACUUUGUUGGGAAUCCAGCAUGAUAAGGAAAACUCAGAACAAGUCUCAUUGUCUGCCAUUGGGAAAGCUUUUGCCAGAGCGGACCUGAAUAUGGUACAUGAGAUAUUAGAGGAUGAUGGAUAUAAUGAGGAUGACAUUUCGAAUUCUGAGGUAUCUCUACAGUCAUGGACUGGCCAGCUAUCUGAAAGUUUUGUUGUUAAGAGGCAUGCAGAUAAUGCCUUUGAGUCCAAGGAUUUUGUAACUGCACUCGAGUGUUACUCAAGGUUUCUCGACACAGGUGCACUGGUGUCUCCAACUAUGCUGGCGCGACGAUGCUUCGCAUACAUGGUGGCUGGGAAGAUGCAGGAAGGCCUAGAGGACGCGAAGAAGGCUGAGGACAUUGCACCUGGGUGGCCGAUUGGACACUACCUGCAAGCGAUGGCACUUCUUGGCCUGGGAAGGGAGGCUGAAAGCCAUGAAGCACUAAAGAAAGGCACUGCUUUGGAAGCCGAAAGAAAGAGUAGAGCUAGAACUGUAUAGCCCUAAAUAUGAUGCCUUCUCUGCUUGUACCUAGAUCGCCUGCAUUUUGGGUGCCUCCAAUGCUUGCCACCAGUAGGGCUGAUUUUGGUAUUCCCUAACUUGUAUCGGUAUCUCCAGUGGUUUUACAAGUAAAAAAAACUCCUAGGUUGGCUGUUAUUACACCUCCAAUAUAUUCAUGAAUACAGAAAUGGGCAACUAGUAUUGUGAUA